CUCUCCUCUGUUCCCUCCGCUGUCUGAUCUCCCCUCCGCCUGAUUUCUUGAAUUGACUAUGGGAUGCUGAUCGCCCACCGAAAAGAAGGACAGUCAACUUUUGAUCAGUAUUCUACUGUUAUUGGACACAAUUCAGCCAGGUUGAAGAAGCAGACCAUCGGUGACCGAAAACAAGAGGGAAAGAAGAGGACGCACGCAGAGAAGAAGAAAAGGGGGAAGAGGGAAAAUCUUCGUGCGUUUAUGAUCCAUACCACUCGACAAACCGAAUCAACGCCGUUUUGCAAUGCCGGGUUCUUCAGCAAGUCACAAGUAGGGCGUGAGCGUACCAUUCUCAAGGGGACUUUUGGUGGUGGGGAUUUUUUGUAUGGGAUGUCUAUAGCUAGUGAGCUUCUAAGUUAGUUGUGGUAGAUAUGUAUAUAUCUUUUAGAUAGAUUAUAGUGAACUCUGAUAUUGUAACCAGAUGAAUUUUUUAUCGCAUAUAUAUUAGGUUGAAUUUAGGUUUUAUUGA